GACACGUAAGGGCGAAGUCCCAUAUUUUCCUUCGUUCUCCGCCCUCUCUCGUUCCAUUGUGCUCUUGAUCAGAGUCUCCUCCAGUGUCUCUUCUUCUCUUCUCUCGCUCGCGAUGGUUCUCUUGGCCAAGUUCGGGAAGGCUCUCUUUGCGCUGUUCUUCAUCAUCUCUGCAUGGGAGCAGCUUGGUGAAUUUGGAACUGAUGGAGGCCCAGCCGCAAGAUUGGUUGAGCCCAAGGUUGCCUUCAUCACAGAUCGCGCGAGCUCAACACUUGGAGUACAGCUGCCAAGGAUUGAAAUUAAAGGUUUGAUAGCUAUUGGUAUAGCAUUGAAGGGAAUUGGAGGUAUUUUAUUUGCCUUUGGUAGCUCAACUGGUGCUUAUCUCUUGUUGUUGCAUAUGGGAAUCAGUGCCCCUUUUCUGCAUUAUUUCGAUGACUAUGAUGAUCCGGACACUCUCCAGGGCAUCACACUGGAUCUGGCAAUUUAUGGAAUGCUAUUUUAUUUCGUCGGAAUGGAUAGAACAAUGCUGAUACAGCAGUUCAGGAGGAGGUCCGCCGGACUAAGGACCAUGUAGACAGUACCAACGUAUCCGAUAUCCAUCGACAUAAAAUAAGCUGCUGGGAUAUAGACUCUCUAGUAGCACUUUGUUUUGAGAUCUAGAAAAGGCUGUGGUUUGGCUUCUUCAGUUGUGUAUUGCCAGAUACAUUGGCAUAUCAUUGUGGAGGUUGUUGUAUUUCUGUUUAUUAUGACAUAAACUAGUAUGCUGCUUGGGCUAGUUUGCUAAAUUUUGUUCGCUAUGUCUCAUUUUAAAUAUAUCGGCCAUCCGCAUCUUGUAUGCA